CAUGCAUGGACAUUGUGAUGGGCAAGCCGCCAUAAUAUCCUACAUGAUAUUUUACAAUCUCGCAUGCACCCUGAUCAAGCCUGAGCUUCACUGAGGAGAAGAGAAAGCGCUCCGUAUGGACCAGCCUGCAUUGCCUGGCAGUAGGUUUCGAUAGAAAUGGCUACCAGUUUCAGCUUCCAGACUACUUUUAUCAAGCACUGCUUCCUUCCUCCGACGCCAGGGAGAAGGGAGCAGACUCAAAGUUCAGGCUUCAGCGCUGGGAAAGUACGGAAUCCCAACAUUCAUCGAAAAUUUGCAAAGGUUUGCUCGCUAAGGAAGACAUCGACACAAGGUUCAAUGGAUUCGCAGUCAUCCCUUCUUGGGGCGAAGACAUGGAGUUUGGAGAAGCGCAGACCUUCUGCACGGGCCAGAGCUGAAAAGCAGGAAGGAGCUGUCCAGGUUAUAGAUGCAGAGGAUCCUGCAACUGAGCCCCCUAGCCCCCCUCCGGAAGAUAUUGAUUGGAGUGCCGUCGCGCUACCGUUCGUUUUUCCGGCCAUUGGGGGGGCGCUGUUUGGCUACGACAUUGGCGCCACCAGCGGGGCAGUGAUAUCGCUGAAGGACGCUGCCUUGAGUGGCACCACCUGGUUCGACCUUUCCCCCCUCGCCACCGGCCUGGUCGUCAGCGGAUCGCUGGGUGGGGCGCUUCUGGGGUCCAUUCUGGCAUACCUCAUUGCCGACCCUAUCGGGCGGCGGAAAGAGCUGCUUUCUGCGGCCGCGCUCUACUUGAUCGGCGCGUUGCUUAUGGCGUUUGCCCCCUCGCUUCCGGCGCUGGUCGCGGGAAGGGUUGCAUACGGGUUGGGGAUUGGGCUGGCCAUGCACGGGGCCCCAAUGUACAUAGCAGAGACGGCGCCCAGCAAGGUGCGCGGGACGCUCAUCUCGCUCAAGGAGGCCUUCAUCGUGGGGGGCAUCCUGUUGGGCUAUUUGGGCGGCUACUUUGAGAUCGGCGAGGUCGGCGGCUGGCGCUGGAUGUACGGCCUUUCCGCUCCGGCCGCCGUUCUGAUGGCCGCCGGAAUGCUGUGGCUGCCCGAGUCUCCCCGCUGGCUGCUCCUGCGGGCGUGCGACGACAAGGGGGAUCCCUCGCAGCUCAAGGGGGAGGCGCGCACAUGCCUGAAGCGGCUGCGCGGGGCGAGGGCGUCGGACGAGCAGGCGGACGAGCAGGUGGCCGGCAUUCUGGACGCCCUGAAUGCGGACAAGGGCGAGGACCUGGGCGCGGACGCGUGGAAGGAGCUGCUGACGGGGCCCAACAUCAAGGCGCUGACCAUCGGGACGGGGCUCGUCUUUUUCCAGCAGGUCACGGGCCAGCCCAGCGUGCUCUACUACGCGGCGACCAUCUUCAAGGACGCCGGAUUUGCGGAAGCGUCUGAGGCCACCAAGAUCUCGGUGUUCCUCGGGAGCCUCAAGCUGGCGGCGACCAUGCUGUCGGUGGUCGUGGUCGACAAGGCGGGCCGGCGACCGCUGCUGCUGGCGGGCGUCUCGGGCAUCUGCGCGAGCCUGCUUGCGCUGGCCGCCUACUACUCCUCCGGCCAGAGCGUGCCCAUCGCCAGCGUGGUCGCGCUCCUCGUCUACGUCGGCUGCUACCAGAUCUCGUUCGGCCCCAUCUCGUGGCUGAUGGUAUCCGAGAUCUUCCCGCUGCGCGUGCGCGGGCGCGCGCUCAGCCUGGCCACGCUCGUCAACUUCGGCUCCAACGCGCUCGUCUCCUUUGCGCUGCCCACCGUCCAGGAGGACCUGGGCCAGGCCGGCACCUUCUUCACCUUCUUCGUGAUUGCGCUGGCGUCUCUGGCGUUCAUUUACUUCCAGGUGCCCGAGACCAAGGGCCUGAGCCUGGAGGAGAUCGAAGAGCAGCUGAGCAAGAGCUGAGCUGCUCGUGUGUCCCUGUGCGUAUUGCUCUGUGAUGUUGAGAUUAAGCGGAGGGAAGCUUUCCUUCCGUUAAAUCGGGUUGUUCGAGUUCGCAAAGACCAAGUUGUCAGAGUGAUCGGCCCCCACUAACAAUGGCCCCCACUAACAAUGAGCCUUUUUCCGAUCGUUGUAAUCCGAUAUGCUGUGGCAUGAACAUGCCAAAGUAGAUGUAGUUCGAAGCUGAUCGACCAUGCGUUAAAAACCUUCCGUCCCGCUUCAGCUACCCAGUCAAGCACCAAAGAUGCAAGCUGACUUCUCCUAGUUAACACUCUAUUAGCUUGAUUCGAACGCGGCUUUUGACACAGCCUGCUUUGCUCGUUCCUUCCUUUCGAAUGUUGGCCUGAUGUCAAGUUGGAC